GCUGCACUUGACAACCCCACACUCGCCGCCCACCAUGGACAAGAUGGAGGGAGUGGUCUCAGGACCAGUCGAUCCAUCCAGAUACCCAGUUCCAAUUGAGACUAUAUAUGUCAACAAUCUCGAGGAGCGCGUGAAGGUCGAGACGUUGAAAGAGGCUUUGAGGGCCAUCUUUUCCCAUUAUGGUACAAUCGUCGACAUCAUUGCGAAGACAAGCGUGAAGCGCAAGGGCCAGGCAUUCAUUGUCUUUGACAGCCAGAAGUCUGCGCUCGAGGCAGUUGAGGAGAUGACCGGAUUCGAGCUGUACGGAAAGAGCAUGAAGGUGCAGAUGGCGAAGACGCAUAGCGAUGCGACGAUCGAGCGCAAAGCCAGUGAUCAGCUCGAUCAGCACAAGCGGGAGCGUCUCACUCUGAAGGAACGAAAACUCGCCGAAGAAGCCAGCAAAGCGAAGAAACUCCCCCAUCCCGCCGACAAGCCUCGCAUCCCCAAGACAGGCGCCGCCGCUAUCCCCGACGAAUACGUCCGCCCCAACAAGGUUCUGUUCUUGCAAAACAUCCCCAAGGAUGUCGACGCGGACGACCUUACUGCUAUCUUCGAGGCAUUCCCGGGCUUUAAGGAAGUCCGUUUUGUUGCGAUCCGCGCUGUCGGUUUUGCAGAGUUUGAGAAUGAACAAUUUGCCAUCACGGCUAAGGAGGCUAUGGCCAACAAGCCUGUUGGCGCGGAGGGCAAGAUCAUGAAGGUCACUUAUCAACGCCAGUAGGCGCAUAGUAAUGCAGACCACAGCGUAUGAGGUCGCUGCGGCAUAGAAAGGCCUAUGCAGGGGCCCAGGGAUGAAACCUUGAUUUGACUGCAUCAUCACGUACCAGGAAGAAAGACCAAAGGUCUCAGCUAGGAUUUAAGAGUCUACAGUAUAAUCCUCAUUUUGGUAGUAGCAAUACCAACCCCAC